AUGCAGCUUCUAGAGUUGGAGGAAAUGACACUCAAUGUCUAUGAAUCCUCCAAGAUUUAUAAGCAAAAGAUAAAGGCAUACCAUGAUCGGAAACUACUAAAGAGGAACUUCCAGCUUGGACAACAAGUGUUGUUGUUCAAUUCCCGACUAAAUCUUUUUCCUAAAAGACUUAAGUCCAAGUGGUCUAGCCCCUUCACAAUCAAAUAUGUGAAGCCCUAUGAAGCUAUUGAAUUGAUGGAUCCUUCAUCUACUGACCCAGAGCAGAGCUGGAUUAUGAAUGGCCAAAGGUUGAAGAUCUACAAUGGUGGCAAUAUUGAGAGAUUGACCACCAUCAUCCACCUCCAAGACCCAUGA